AUGCUCCAAGCGCCGCCGCCCCUUGUGGCCCUGGUUCGUCCCGACGGCCGGCGGCUCCUCGCGAGCACCCGCCUUUCUCGUCGCCGGCAGCCCCCGCUCCCCAAGUCUUGCCGCCCCCUCAUACCCUUCCUUCCUCAGCCAUUGGUGGUCCUCGCCGCGGCCCCACCCCACCGCCGCCGGCCCACCCCACCGCCGCUAGCCAGCCCCAUCGCCGCCAACCAGCCUCCCCUGCCCGCCCCGUUCCCGUCACCGCCACGGACCCCUGGCUACCCCUGCGCCGGCGACCCCUACCAGCACCGCCGCGCUUCAUCUUCACCUCCGGCAUGUCGCGUUCACUCCCCGUCCGAGCGGACGCCGAUUCGCUCCAGCGCUGUUGGACAUCUCCAGCACCGCCGCCCGGCCGUACUCUCUCGUGCCCCACCUCUGGAUUAUCUGCUGCACCCCGCCACGGCUCUUGGAUCGUGCAGGAGCAGAGAAGCUGCAUCCCCCGAGCUGCUCGGGAGAGCCCACUGCUAG